AUGCAAGAGGGUGACGGCAAGGCGAUAAACGCCAAGGUAAUGCCCGCGAUAAUCGAAAUGGAAUCGGAAUAUAAAGCGUGGAAGGACUUGAUAGCAGUGUUGGAGUCUCCUUCGUUCUUCGAUCAUGCACUCUCCAAUCAUUCGCCCUGUGAGUUUAUUUCUCUAAAAUGAAGCUUUGGAUAAAUUUCAUGAAGCAAAAAAUUAAAUUUUUCAAAAGCUUUGCGUUCAAAUUUGGCGAAUUCUGAAUUGUUUGCGAAAAAUCCCAUCAAAAUAUUAUAUUUGCAAAGCACGUCAGGUAGAUAAGCUGUAUAAAAAUGAUAUUUUCGUUUUUUGAAGUGAAAAUUGAAAAUUCAACGAUUCCUCAGGCCUGCCCCGGCUCCUACGCUCUCGGCCACCGACUCGCCGUCGGACAACAGAUUUCCUUCCAUGGCGUCGUCAAGCACAGCAAAAAGUAAGAGAGAAACAUAAACUAAAGGAAAAAUCAAUCAAUUUGUGGGGACUUUUCCAUCAAUUUCAUCGCUGGAGCGGAAAACAUCCUGCACAUCAACUUUCGAUGGGAGAAGGACAAGAUCAUCGUUCUGAACUCCAGAAUUGCCAAUGCUUGGGGAAGCGAAGUAAUUUCUACUUUAUAAAGUAUGAAAGUUGUUAUAUAUUAACAAGAAAAGUUGCAGAUCCGUCACGAAAACGUUCUGCACCACGACCAACACUUUGACCUUCAAGUUCGAAUUCACGGUGGUUAUUAUCAUGUGAGUCAAGCUGAUGAUCUUGAAUUUAUGUGCAAAACUUUUGAAGAUCACGGUGAACGGAGUUCUUCUUGCCGAUUACCCUCAUCGUGCCGAUCCUCAGUUGGCGCAAGCGAUUCAGCUCGAAGGCAAUGUUCAGAUGGAGAGCAUCACGUUUGAGGGAUUCCAAGCUUAUUGA